AUGGAGAGCCGCGCUGUCAACGCCCAAAAGACACUCGUCACCCCGGUGUGGGUGUUCGGUAUCCGCAUCGCCCAGGUUGUUCUUUCGAUUGUCGUUCUGGGCAUGGCCGCCGCCUGGUCCGAGUACGCCCUCUUUGACGCUCCCAGCCUGGCUAUUGCCGCUGCCGUCUUCACCUGGGCCGUUGUCGCCUACAUCCUCGUCACCGAAAAGGUUCAUGCUGCCAACCUCCUUUACAGCAUCUACGCCGUCAUCGUCCUGGAUGCUUUCAUGAUUAUCAUCUGGCUGUCGACAUGGGCUCUGAACGCUGCUCGCCGCGCCGCUCUUGGAGACAUUGGCGGAGGCAGCAGCCGAGGUGGCACCGUCUGCUACAACGGCAUCUGCUACGAUUACAAGAAGCGCUCGAUUGAGCGCCGCGCUAUGACCUGGUCGACUCUGAGCGGCCUCCUCGCUGGUGUUGCCGCCCUUGGCGCUGUCGUCUGGGUUCUCUUCAUUGUCACCUUUGUCUGGACCAUUAUGCAGUUCCUGCAUGGCCGCAAGGAUGGUCGCUUCACCCUAGGUUCUUCCAGCACUACCACCGCCGGCCACAACAUGGAGGAGCAGAAGAUCCAGGGCCAGCAGACCCAGCAACCCCAGCAACACGUCCAGCCCGAGUACGCCGGCCAGCAGCAGCAGCACGUCCAGCCUGACUACGCCGGCCAGCCGCAGCAGCAGGCGUAUCCUCAGUACCCCCAGCAGCCUGCCGAAGCCCAGGCGCAGUACCAUACCCCCCAGCCUGGCGCGGAGUACCAGCAGCCGGUAGAGACCCAGGCGCACCACCAGCAGCCUCUGCAGCAAUACUCCAACGACCCCAACCAGAUUUCUCCCCAGCAGCACCACCAGUAA